AUGGAUGCAAUUAAAAAUGCUGUCAAUGUAGUUUUGGGCAGAAAGCCGUCUGGAUCAAAAGUUCGCUAUGCUGUGGUGGGUGCGGGAAAUAUUUCUCAAGAGUCCUUUAUGCCUGGAGUUGGACAAACUUCAAAUUCUAUUUUGACCGCUCUUGUUACUGAUGAUAACGAAAAAUAUGUUAAACUUGCCAGACAAUAUAAUCUCAAAAGUUAUAAAUAUGCCGACUUCAACAAACUUUUGGAUGAAGAUGUGUGCGAUGCUAUUUAUAUAGGCACUCCAAACUGGAUGCAUCAAGAAUUUGCUGUUCCCGCUCUCGAGAAAGGAUAUCAUGUUCUUUUGGAAAAACCUAUGGAAGUAAACGAGGAGGCCUGUGUUGCUAUUAACGAAGCUCAAAAGAAGACUGGAGCUAAAUUGAUGGUUGCAUAUCGUCUUCACUUCGAAACUGGAACUUUGACCGUCCUUGAUCGAGUUCGAAAGGGUGAUUUGGGCGAACCUCGAAUUUUCACGUCUACUUUCGUUCAAGUUGUAAAAGAGGAAAAUCAUCGGGCUAAACAUGGUGCUGGACCAGUCCCUGAUUUGGGUCCAUAUCCAAUCAAUGCUGUCCGAAAUCUCUUCGGAAUGGAACCAAUUGAAGUUUCAGCUGUUGGAUUCAAGACUCCAGGUCGAGAAGCUCUCCAAAUGGAACAUGAUACCGUCUCCGUCACGUUAAGAUUUCCUGGUGAUAGAACGGCUCAAUUUACCGUUGGUUAUUCUGGAGGUCCAAUCGAUACUUAUACGAUCGUUGGGGAUAAAGGAUACAUCGAAGUAACUCCAUGUUAUAUGUUUGGAAGUGGAGUUAAGAUUGCUUACAAAGCCAAAAUCGAAGAAAAAGAAGAAUCAAAGACAUUCUCCGAAGUUGACCAGUUUGGUGGAGAAACGGAUUACUUUUCCAAUUGUAUUUUGAAAGAUCAAUAUCCGGAACCGGAUGGCGAAGAAGGAUUUUUGGACGUUCGAGUAAUCAUGGCUAUCAAGAAAGCUCUUGAAACGGGCCAGACACAGAAGUUGGAGCCGAAACAACGAUCGAAAAAACCUACUCUGGAUCAGAAGAGAAACUUAUCAAUGGCAUCAACACCAAAAGAAUUUAUCGGCCGUGAUGCUGAUCAUCCAACUGAAACGUGA